CGAAAAUUGAGGGACGAAGGGAGAACAGCGAUUUCAGCACUUUUGGAAGCUUCUGGCUACCGAAUUGGUGCAUUGGAUGCUCGUCUGCUGCCGGGAUGCCCAUCGAAGCUUGAAAUCUGUUCACCACUCACAUCUGACUCAGCUGUCGACGUUUGCUCGCAUUGGUCGGUCUUUUCCUCGCUCGACGCCGUGUGUUAGGCUUUCCGGCCCUCUGAAAGGAGGCCCCUUCUUGCCCCCCCGCCAGCGGUUCAUGUUUCCCAACAGGGGCUAUGCCGGUGAGCGCACGCAACCAAUCCACAAUUCCGGGCAUCGAAAGCCCACCGUGUGUUGUCAUUUUGUCCCCUCCAGCUCCCCCGAGCGGCUCUUCUCGCCCCGGUGCGGGUGUCCCAUUCAUUCCCCCCGCCCUGCCCACUCUCCGCCCUGUAGCUCCUCCGUCUGCCUCACCCCGAGGCUCGCCAGUGGGUGCCCGUCCCCCCUCCACCCCCCCACCCGUUGCCAGCGGGUCAUUCAGCCCGCCCGUCAUGCGACACCCAACCGCCACAUACCUGCCGGGGCAGGGCCGGACCGGGGGUGUGUUCGUCACGCAGUCGUCGCUCAUCACUCAUGGGAGUGGGCCGGGGAGUGGGCCUGGGUCAACGCACUCGAGCAUCAUACUGACGCAGGUGGGCGUGGUGAGGGAUGAAUGGAUGGGUGGCUGGACGCUGCAUUUUGUGGAUCUGUUUUGUUGGUGCUUCUUCAGUGGCCUCCGCCUUCUGGUGGUCGCGGGAUGGAGACGCUCGUGUCGCCCAGGGUGGCUGGCAGGCCACAGCCGCCAAGCAGGUCAGACACACGGGCACACUGCCGCCCCAUCAGUCAUUCGAUCGCGUUCUGCCACUGUUUUCUCUGUCUUCAGUGUGGUGUAUUCGGUUCGCGGUCCCCCAGUGUUUGGCCCGCCAUCGCCAUCCCAGCGCAGUGUGGUGUUGUAUGCACCCAGCCCCAGGGGUCAGGCUCCGAUUCACAUGGCUGCCGUCGCUGCCGCCCCGGCACAGCCGCAUGUCGCUGCUGGAUCGCCCGCACAGCAGUGAGCACAGGCGGAAGCGUGCAUGGAUGCGUGUAUGCAUGACUGUCUCUGUCUGUCUACGUCAGAUAUGCGUCUGCCUUCUCGAGGGUGGAGGCCACUCGCCAGCGGCUGGAUGAGCUCAUCAAGAGCCAACACGGCCUUGAUGCUGCCGCCAGCAAGGUGAAUGAGUCGCGGACAGAGAGCACGGACCAUUGUCGAGGUAUAAGAGAGUAUAUGUUUUGUGUCAGGAUUUCGCGGCGCAUGAUGCGAACGAGGACAAGACGUUGCAGCGGAGUGAGGUCGAGGCGAUGGUGAGGGACCUGGCUGUCAGGUACCAGAUUCCCAUGCCCGACAAAACCACACUCGAACGGUAGGCACGUCCAACAGACACACAAGAGGGGAAAUCGGCAGGAGCUCGUGUGAUGUGUACGUGUGUGUGGAUCGAUGGCUGUAGUCUGUUCAACAAGUUCGACACCGCUGGGACGAACGAGAUCCCGCAGGCGUCGUUCCGCGACUUCUACAGAGAGAUCCUGUGCUUUAUCAAACAGUCCUACUACCCACCAGUCGUCAGGUCACAACACGCCGACGACCACACAUACACCCAUUCAUUCACUCCCAUUCUCUCUGUCUCUUUCUGUGUGUGCAGGUUUCGUCGUGAGUUCUUCAUUCAGGAGAAGCAAGCCAAGCUGGAUGACUUCUACACGCGCGAAGACAAGCUCGGCCAGGGGCAGUUCGGCAUUGUCUUCAAAGUCAGGGAGAAACGGACCGGCACGGGCGAAAUGGGUGGGUGGGUGGUGAGACACGACACGCAGAUCAGCAAGAACAGAGGGAGACACGGGAGAGGUGUUCGGUCAUGUGGGCGUGUGCAGGUCUGUUUCGUUGCUGCAAAACGAUAUCUAAGAGCAAGACAACGUGUCCGAGGGAGCUCAUUGCCAACGAGAUCGACGUGCUGAGACGGCUCGACCACCCUAACAUUGUCAGUCAGUCAGUUAUCACACUCAACGCAGAGAGACAUCAAGCCAUCUGUGAACAUGUGUGUGUAGGUGCGUAUGUACGAGGCGUUCGAGGACUACCAGAAUCUGUACCUCAUUUUCGAGCUCAUCGACGGCAAAGAGCUGCUCGACAUCAUUCUUGAUCUCGCAAGGGCAGGUCCGUGUGUGUGUGGUGGCUGGCAAAAAAUGGUGAGACGAAUGGCCUGCGUCUCUCUCUCUCUCUGUCUCUCUGUCUCUCUCUUUCUCUCUCUCUUUGUCUGUGCAGGUCAGGCGUUUGACGAGGCGCGUGCAGCGCGGGUGCUGCGGAGUGUAUUGUCGGCCAUCGCGCACUGUCACUCCAACAGGGUGAUGCACAAGGACCUCAAGCCGGAAAACAUCAUGAUCCUCAACAAAGACCUUGACGUGCUCGAUGCCGGUCGGUCAGCCAGCCACCCAGCCACGCGAGAUGUCUCAGAAAGACGAAGCAUUUGUUGUAUGAUUGCAGGCAGCGUGAAGAUGAUCGAUUUCGGUCUGGCUGAGAUGUUCACGCCAGGUCACGUGUCGACCACUGCUGCUGGCACGCCCUACUACAUGAGCCCCGAGGUCACACAAACACACACUUUGCUGGUGGAGUGAACGUCUCUGUGUGUGGAGCUGCAGGUGUUCCAUCACAACUUCAACUACAAGUGCGACGUGUGGUCGGUGGGCGUGCUGCUCUACCUCAUGCUCACCGCGCACCUGCCAUUCGACGCGCCCAACAAAGAAGAAUACAUCAAGGUAAGGCCGCCCACCACACAGACAGAGAAGACCUCCUGCACACCAUCAUCUCUAUCUCAUGUGUGUCAGGUGGUGACCAACCAGCCGGUGUCGUUCCCGGACCACCUCUUCAAGAACAUUUCAAAAGAGGCUGUGGAACUCCUGAAGCGUCUGCUGGAGAAAAAAGUCGAGCUGCGCCCCACGGCCGCACAGGCGCUGGACCACCCAUGGUUCCAGAAGUUCCCUGACAAAGCACGUGGGUCUAACAGGAGGCUGGGCGAGCUCACCAGGCAAGGCACCGUCUUCCAAGUCUAUGCUCAGGUGGGAGAGGGUGGGUGUUUCUGCCUACACACAUUCACGUCGCGUACAUUUCUCUCUCCUUGUUUUUCUGUGUCUGCAGAAGGAUUGCUUUACGCGGAUCUGUCUGAAUCUGGUGGCCAUGCACAUGGAGUACUCGGCUGUGCGCCGGGCCCCUCGUGUGUUCAAGGCCCUCGAUAUCGACCACGACGGCAUGAUAUCGGAGGAAGAGAUGACCAAGGCACUCCAGGAAAUUGGAUGCCCUGAAGAGGUGAGAAGACACGAGACACCAGGCCACAUGCACCAUGUCUUCCUCUCUUUCUCUCUAUCUCUCUGUGUCUCUGUGUGUGUCUCGUAGGACAUCCCGCGGAUUAUUGAUGCGUUGGACAGCGAUGGCUCUGGGACCAUUUCGUAUUCUGAGUUUCUGGCCGCUCUUCUCAGCAAGGGUGACCUCCAGUUUGAGCAAAGCCUGUGGUCGGCUUUCAGGAAAGUACGCGAGACACCAAGAAAGGCACAGAGAGAGACACCACCUCACACAACACACGAGCCUCCUGGUAUGUACGUCGGUUUGUCAGUUCGAUUUGGAUGGAGACGGUACGAUCAGCCGUGAGGAGCUGUACAAGCUGCUGACGAGCACGGACGCCGUGCAGAUCGACAGAGACAGGGACACGAUCAACAAGAUCCUGGAGGACCUCGACAAGAACAAGGACGGGCUGAUCAACUUCGACGAGUUCAAAUCCUACCUCAUGAACCAGAUCGGCAGGACCAGUACUGAAGACGACGUGCCUCUGCCGACGUCUGGCGAAUCUUCUCCUGCCAAGUCGCCCAAGAGUACGUCGCCCAAAUCUUCCCCAAAGGGGCAGCAGAAAUCAGCAGGGGGCAGAAGGGGAAGCUAACUUGCUGCGGUUAGGUGGGUGCUUGGGUGGUUGGGUGAUUGAUUGGUGAGUGGUUGGUGAGUGGUCUUUUCUUAUUGGCCCCCUCUCUUUCCCGUGUACGUGACGGCCUUUGCUGCGCUUGCACUUGUGUGUCUGUACACUUGUCCUUGACACAUCGCUCCCUGUGAGCUUUUUCCGGUCAGCUGCUAGUAACUUUUUCGUGAAGGGGAGCUUCACAUGUUGUGUGGUGGACAUCGCGCCAUUGUGUGUCACUGUCUGCUGGAAGGUGGGCGGAUUGAUGGACAGCAUUGCCGCACGUCAGGUCUUAUCUAAUAAGUCGUCAAUGUACACACAAGUGAGGGAUUUCCGACCCGACCGGCCCG